UCAGAAACUCCCACCCAUCGCCUCCCUUGUCUCAUUUAUGCUCCUCCUCCUUCAACUUCAUUAGCCUGACCCUUCCCCGAGAAAUGAUCUCCUCCCCUUAUCCUCCUUCUCUCCUUCAUCUCUCUCUGCGACCUUCUUUCUAUUCAUAUCAUGGCAUCUCAGUACCCCGCCGCCAGAAAUUCUAAUGCCCAGCUGCUUCAAGAAUUGGAGGCUCUCAGCCAAUCCCUUUACCAAACACACACUUCCAGCCCUGCCCCCACCCGAAGAACUGCUUCCCUCGCUCUCCCGCGAUCUUCACUCCCUUCCAUCCCUUCAGCUGAUGAUGACGCCGACGCUCCCCUCACCGCAGACAAACCAAUCACCAAACCUCGUAGUCGUCGCCUCUCCUUGUCCCCGUGGCGGUCGAGGUCGAAGCUUGAGGAUGCCCAGUCAGCACCUUCGCCAGCCACUCGGCCUGAAAUCAAACGGUUGGAUGAGAGGUCAGCUUCGGCCGAGAAGAAAGGAAUUUGGAGCUGGAAGCCUAUGAGAGCUCUUUCUCACAUUGGAAUGCAGAAACUGAGUUGUCUGUUCUCUGUCGAAGUCGUCGCCGCACAGGGCCUUCCCUCUUCAAUGAACGGACUCAGGCUUUCUGUUUGUGUUAGGAAGAAGGAGACGAAGGAUGGAGCUGUCCAGACAAUGCCUUCUCGGGUUGCGCAAGGAGCUGCUGACUUCGAGGAGACCCUGUUCAUCAGAUGCCACGUUUAUUGCACGCAUGGGAGUGGAAAGCAGAGGCUUAAAUUUGAGCCACGUCCGUUUUGGAUUUAUCUUUUUGCAGUGGACGCUAAAGAGGUUGAUUUUGGAAGGAGCUCCGUGGAUUUGAGCCAGCUGAUAGACGAAUCCGUUGAGAAAAAUCAGCAGGGCACGCGGGUUCGGCAAUGGGAUACGAGCUUUAGUCUUUCUGGGAAGGCUAGAGGAGGAGAAUUAGUUCUGAAGCUAGGUUUCCAAAUCAUGGAGAAAGACGGAGGGAUUGAGAUUUGUAACCAAGGUGAGAACCCGAAAUCCAACAAGUUGAAAACUUUAUCAUCGUCUAUUGCUCGUAAACAAUCCAAGACAUCGUUCAGCAUGCCUAGUCCAAGAAUAACGACCAAGAGCGACACUUGGUGUGCCUCACAGUCACAGGCAGGAGAAGAAGUAGAUAUUCAGGGAAUGGACGAUCUGAAUCUUGAUGAUCCCAACCCUGUUCAGCAUUCCUCUACCUCUGCCCAAAAAUCCCAUGAUCAGAAGGCAAAUGUGGAGGAUUUUGAUCUUCCCGAUUUUGAGGUUGUAGACAAAGGAGUUGAAGUUCAAGAGAAGGAAGAAGAUGGAGAAAAGGAAACUGAAAAAUCAAUGGACGUAAAGUCGGCUUCUAGCGAGGUGGUCAAGGAAAUAGUGCAUGAUCAGUUACACCUAAACCUAACAAGAUUAAGCGAGCUUGAUUCAAUUGCACAGCAGAUAAAAGCUCUCGAGUCUAUGAUGGGAGAGGAUAAUAAAGCUUUAAAAACCGAGGAUGAAACAGAAUCACAGAGAUUAGAUGCAGAUGAAGAAACCGUGACGAGGGAGUUUCUUCAAAUGCUCGAGGAUGAAGAGAUCGGUGGACACCACUACAAAACCAAUCAGCCUCGAGUUCCUCCUUUAAAACUUGAAGGACAAAAGAAUGCUGCAGAUGAAGAGUCCAAAGUGUAUCUUCCAGAUCUUGGCAAGGGGUUGGGUUGUGUAGUUCAAACAAGGGAUGGGGGUUGCUUGGCUUCUAUGAACCCAUUAGAUAAUGUUGUUGCCAGAAAAGACACUCCAAAGUUAGCAAUGCAGAUAUCGAAGCCUUUUGUGUUGCCAUGGAAUCAAUCCUCAAGUGGAUUUGAAUUAUUUCAGAAACUGGCUAGCACGGAGCUUGAUGAACUUAGCUCUCAAGUUUUCACCUUAAUGCCCAUAGAUGAACUGAUGGGCAAAACCGCAGAGCAGACAGCUUUUGAAGGCAUUGCCUCUGCCAUCAUACAAGGAAGAAACAAGGAAGGAGCGAGUUCAAGCGCUGCUCGUAUAGUUUCUGCACUGAAAAGCAUGGCAAAUGCGAUGAGCGAAGGAAGGAAGGAGAGAAUUUCAACAGGACUGUGGAAUGUUGAUGAAAACCCGCUAACAGCAGAGAAAAUUCCGGCAUUCUCGCUGCAGAAAAUCGAGUCCAUGGCGGUUGAGGCAUUGAAAAUUCAAGCUGACAUGGCUGAGCAAGAAGCUCCUUUCGAUGUGUCACCUCUCAGCACAAAAACAGGAGGCAAUAGUGCGAAAGAUCUUUUUGCUUCUGCAGUUUCACUUGAAGAAUGGAUGGGGGAUCAGAGUGAAGCAGCAAACAUCGCAAUGAUAAUGGUGGUCCAACUUCGGGAUCCAAUAAGACGGUAUGAAGCAGUUGGAGGGCCUGUGAUGGUAGUUAUCAACGCAACAAUUGCAGACCCAGAAGGUAAUGAUUAUGGUGACGGUGAAGAGAAGAGAUUCAAGGUGACAAGCAUGCAUGUGGGAGGCUUCAAGCUGAGAAGUGGCAAGAAGAAAAGCGGAUGGGACAGCGAGAAGCAGAGGCUAACAGCGAUGCAAUGGUUGGUUGCAUUUGGACUGGGGAAGGGAGGGAAGAAGGGGAAGCAACAAUCAUCCAAAGGACAAGACUUGUUGUGGAGUAUUUCCUCGCGAAUCGUGGCUGACAUGUGGCUCAAACCCUUGAGGAAUCCAGACGUCAAACUUGUUAAGUAAUUCCUAAUUUGCUCCUCGCGCUUUAGUACUUGAUUACGCCAGGCCUAUGGGGACACCAUUUCUGCAAAUAUCAUUAUUUACAACUAUAAUUGUUAAUUCAUUAGUUAUUUUUCCUUUUUUUUUAUAUAUAUAAAAAGAUAAAGUUCUCUCUCUCAUAUAUAAGAUACAUUUUACUGCAAAUUUGUCUGUAAUUAGAUCGUAGCGUGCCUUUGUGUACUCAAAAUACAUGCUGGGCAUGGGCUAAUGAGAGCUAGCUUCCACGGGACGAAUAGCUUUUUUGCAAAAUCUGUUUCCUUGAUCGUCUUGAUGUAUGAGAAACAAGUUGUAUAAAGAUGGCAAUGGUAAAUGGUUCAUACUAGCAUGUAAAGCAACUGUUCGCUAGUUAGAAAGUUGUUGAAA